UAAUUAAUGAGUCAGUUGUUUUUGUCUCCUUCUCGUCUUUCUCCCCGGGUAGUACGCCGCGCCGAGCAUGGCCAUUGUUGUUGGCCACCUCUGAAUGCUCACUACCCACCAUCGGAGGAAGAUAGAAGGCGACCGGAACAGGGCUCACGCCGCCAUCUUCUUUCCCUAAAUCAAUUCACGUAAAUUAAAUUAAAUUAAAGUAAAGUAAAUCAAGGCCGCCGGCGAGUAUAUAGAUCAGAUCGAUCAAGAUGAAUGACUUAUUCUCUGCUAACUCGUUUAAGCGCUACCAAACGGAUGAUCUGGAGGCGGGAGGCGGAGACGGCGACGCCCCGGCGGCGGGGAAUAAUAAUAAUAAUAAUGAUGAAUCCGCGGAUCUCAACAAGUUUUUCGAGGAUGUGGAGAAAGUGAAGACUGACAUGAAGGAUGUGGAGACGUUUUACAAGAAGUUGCAGGAGUUGAACGAGGAGUGCAAGACGGCCCACAAUGCGAAAACCAUGAAGAGUUUGAGGUCCAAGAUGGACGGUGACGUGGCGCAGGUCUUGAAGCGGGUCAAGGUCAUCAAGGCCAAGCUGGAAGCCCUGGAAAAGUCCAACGCCGCGUCCCGCCAGGUGUCCGGGUGCGGCCCGGGCUCUUCCACGGACCGGACCCGAACCGCGGUCGUGGGCGGGCUCGGCAAGAAGCUAAAAGUCAUGAUGGACGACUUCCAGGCCCUGCGGGCCCGGAUGAACUCCGAGUACAAGGAGACCGUGGCUCGGCGAUACUUCACCGUGACGGGCGAGCAGCCCGACGACGACCUAAUCGAAAACCUAAUCGCCAGCGGCGAGAGCGAGUCGUUCCUUCAGAAAGCCAUCCAGGAACAAGGGCGGGGACAGAUUCUGGACACCAUAUCGGAAAUUCAAGAAAGGCACGACGCGGUUAAAGAGAUAGAGAAGAACCUGAUCGAGCUCCACCAGAUAUUCUUGGACAUGGCGGCGCUGGUGGAGGCGCAGGGGCAGCAGCUCAACGACAUCGAGAGCCACGUGGCGCACGCUAGCUCCUUCGUCCGCCGAGGUACCGAGCAGCUCCAAGAAGCCAGUGAGAUUCAGAAGGAAUCCAGAAAGUGCACUUGCAUUGCCAUUAUUCUCGUCAUUGUUCUCAUCAUCGUCCUUCUUUUCCCAAUUUGGUCCCAUCUUUUGAUGCUUCAUCUCAGGUAGAACAAUUGGGGGAUAUGGUACAACAAAAUCUAAAUUUUUGAGACCUCAAUAUUUGAAAUUUGGAAAACCAUUUUUGCAAAAUAUGUGUACGCUUCAGAUUUAUUUAUUCAUUUAUAUUUUCAGAUUUUUUAUAAUGUAUUAAUGUGUAUGUAGUCUAUGAAUUAUUAAUUAUUACUAGAAUAUAAUGUAUUCAAUGUAUGUUCUUUGUGUAUAUAUCUUUUCCCCUUUUGAUUCA